AUGUCGGCCGGAGUGAAGGUCAUGGCGGUGCUGGUGAUGGUGGUGGCCGUGCUGCUGGGGUCGCUCGUGCUCCACGCGCAGAAGCUCACCGACGAGCAGCGACGACAGCACGAGGCCAAGCCCAUCUGGGAGCGCGUGCGGGACAGCGUGACUGCGGUGGGCCGCGACAUUGGCAACUCCAUCCGCGAGGGCAUCGAGGCCCGCAAGCAGGCCCGCGUAGAGACCACCACCACCACGGCCAAGGUGGGCAAGGUGCCGACGACCAAGGAGAUGAAGGCCGACCUGAAGGGCACCGUCGCCGCCGGCCAGGAGAAGGCCCGCGAGGUCAUCGAGAAGGCCGACGAGGUCCGCUGCGCCACCUGCGAGAAGGUCGACCAGGCCCGCCAGGCCGUCAAGGAGGGCGUGAAGGAGGGCGCCAAGGAAAUCAAGGAGGCGGCGGCUGCUGCCGGCGAGACGGUGAAGGAGGGCGUCAAGGAGGGUGCGCAGGCCGCCCGCGACAAGGCCUCGACGGUGGCGGCCAAGGCCGAGCACAAGGUCGAGCAGGUGCGCGAGGCCGCGGCCCAGGUGGCCGGCAAGGUCGAGGACUCCGUCAAGGCCGGCGUUGAGAAGGCGCGUGACGUGACCGCUGACGUGGCGCACAAGGCUGCCGAGACCGCCCACCAGGCCCGCGACGCCGCCGUCAAGGCCGCCGUCAACGCUGGCGAGGCCGUCAAGGAGAAGGCCCACGAGGCCCGCGACGCCGCCUCCAAGGUCAAGGCCGACGUCGAGGAAAAGGCCCGCGAGGCCCGCGACGCAACUGUCAACGCCGGCGAGAAGGCGGCCGCCAAGGCCCGCGAGGUCAAGGCCGACGUCGAGGAAAAGGCCCGUGAGGUCAAGGCCGCCGCCGAGGAAAAGGCCCGAGAGGCCCGCGACGCGGCGGUCAACGCCGGCGAGAAGGCGGCCGACAAGGCGCGCGAGGUCAAGGCUGGCGUCGAGGAAAAGGCCCACGAGGUCAAGGCCGCGACGGUCAACGCCGGCGAGAAGGCCAAGGUCAACGCCAAGGAAAAGGCCCGCGAGGUCAAGGCCGCGACGGUCAACGCCGGCGAGAAGGUGGCCGACAAGGCGCGCGAGGUCAAGGCCGAGGCCAAGGCCGGCGCUCGCGAGGCCCAGGCCAAGGUCGAGAACGCGGCCGAUCAGGUCAAGGCCGGCGUGCAGGAGAAGGCCCAGCAGGCGCGCGCUGCCGUGAAGAACGCCGAGGCCGACGCUCGCGCGGUUGGUCGUGCGGCCGAGGAGCUGAUGGGUGAGGAGGCCCGGCCACUGCGGGACAAGGUGGCCAAGCUGAAGGCCGAGGUGGAGGCCAUGGGCGCCGAGGAGGAACGGGCGCGGGUGGAGGUGGUCGGCGAACCCCACGAUGAGGCCGAGGCCGAGGAGGUGGUGGUGGGCGAGGCCAAGGCCGGGGGCGUGCGCGGGGCCUGGGAGCAGGCCAAGCAGAAGAUGCAGCAGGUGGGCAAGAACGUGAAGAACGCAGUGGCGGGCGCCAGGGAUAAGGCCGUCGAGGCCGGACACGAGGUCAGCGAGGAGCUCCAGCACGACGUCCACGUCGUCCUCCACGGUAGGCGCCAGCUCCGCAUACUCAGAUUCCAAUUUCUGAUGAAGGCGUCGGCGGUGGUGUGCGUGACAACAGAGGCGCGUGAGGCGUACAAUCAGGCGAAGGCCAUGAACAAGGCCACGCAGCUGCUCAAGAGGGCUGGUGAGGGCCUCUCCAGCCCCGUGAGGGAGAGCGCCGUGGUGAGCAUGCGCGAGGCCCUCCACUACGCCGAGGAGGCCGAGCGCCACGCCAAGCAGCGCCUUGACCACCUGCGCGCCAUGAGCCGCGACCAGUACGACCGCGCCAAGCCGGCUGUUGGAGCGCUGAGCUACGAGCGUGCAUUGAAGGAGGCCGACGAUGCCUACGUCUUCAUCGUCCGGAUGAAGAACUCCAUCACUCAGCAAAUCGCGAAGAAAGGAGCCGGCCACGAGGAGGCCGCCUGGACCUGGGGCGAGACUGCCAAGGACGACCUCCUCCGUCCCGCCGCCGACCAGCCCCACGUCAUCGCCGCCUAA